GGAGGUCAUGUUUCCGCUCGUCAACAAAAACUUUACGAUUUAUUUCAAACUAAUCUAGUAUAGAUGAAACGAAUAAUGUUAUUAGUGACAAAGUGUGCCACUAACGUUACAUGAUAAUUAGAAGUCCUAUCACGCCUAGCCGGACAAGCAUUUCACUGUUCCAUUUCCAUGCCCUACAAACUUCAAAACUUAUUUUUUUCGAAAGAAAGUUUUGUGCCCUAACUCGGUAAAACAUGAGAGUGUCGAAUUUAGGAGUGUAUCUAUCGUUAAAUAUUUUGUUUUGCGUCCACGGUUACGUCAACGAUGUGUGGAAUAACAAUAAUAAUGUUGAGGGGAGUGGGGCUCAUUCGAUCGAGUUGACCCAGUCCUUGAACUUGGCUCGUCAAGAGUGGAUCCAGGAGGCGUGCAGGCGGCGCCCGCCGCGGGGGGGCCUGGCGGAGCUGCCGCCGACCCAGCUCGACCACAUCCUCGUCAGCGAGAAGCACAAGCUGCUAUAUUGCUAUGUUCCAAAGGUAGCCUGUACCAACUGGAAGCGUACCCUCAUGAUCCUGGAAGGCAAGUGGAACAGCACUGAUGUGUUGUCGAUACCGGCGAACCUGUCCCACUCCACAGGAAUGUUCCGGAACCUCAGCUCAGUGCCGCCGGAGCAGCGGGACUACAUGCUAGAGAACUAUCACAAGAUGAUCAUAGUUAGGAAUCCGUUUGAGAGGCUGCUGUCUGCAUAUAGGAACAAGCUGGAAGGAGACUCGAUUAGUGCUAAAUAUUUUCAGGACCGCGUCGGCCGCAGAAUCAUCAAAGCGUUCCGUCCCAACCCCUCCAACGAAUCCUUAGAAUUCGGCGACGACGUCUCAUUCGAGGAGUUCGCUCAGUUCCUGGCGGGAGCGCCGGCGGAGCUGGCCGACGUGGCGCGCAACGAGCACUGGCAGCCCGUGGCCAGCCUGUGCCACCCGUGCCGGGUCAACUACACGCUAGUCGGUAAAUACGAGACACUAGUGGACGACGCUCUGCUAGCCCUCCACACGAUCAACGCAUCCCACAUCCAGUUCCCCCGUCUCGCUCGCACCUCGGGCACGGCGGACAAGCUCCGGAACUACUACUCACUCCUGCAGCUCCCGCUCAUAAGGAAACUCUACAAACUGUACAAGGAUGACUUCAGGAUAUUCAAUUAUGACUUGAAGAAUAUUAUCGGGUUUGAUUUGGGAUAGUGAUGGGUUUUUGUCAUCUAGGUAGCUUGUUUUUAAGUG